GCAACAUAAAAAAGAACAAGAAAAGAAAAUAUAUCAUCAACAAUGUCUAUUAUUGAAGAAAUGGAAGACUUCUUUGAUCUCUUACCAGAUGCUAUUGUACUUUCAAUCUUUGAUAAAGUUCAAGAUGCUAAAUCUCUUUGCAUUUCAUCAUCUCUUUGCAAGCGUUUUCACUUUCUUGUCACCCAAACACAGUAUAUUUCCCUUACAAUUCCACCACAAAAGUCCCACAAAUCAUCACCAAAUAAUAAUACCAAUAGAAAUCAAUUUAUUGGGUUUUUAAACAGAGUUUUUGUGAAACCAUUUCAGUUUAUUCUUCAACAAAUCACUAAAUGGAACCCUCUUUGUAUGCCUCUAAUUCUUUCUACCAAGAAAAAUGAUAAGUAUAAUUGUUGUACUUGUUCAUAUGCUUCACCUACUGAAAUUCUGAGAAACUUCAACGAGAUCAAGGAACUAGAAAUUCGACUUCCAUCUCCUGCCAGCAAAAAUACUGCAGGUACUAACAAUGCUGGUGGUGCAUUGCUGAAAUGGAAAGCAGAAUUCGGAAGCCAAUUGAAAAAUUGCUUGAUUGUUGGUGGAACAUCACUUUCCCCAAUUCAGAACAAACGUAUCAGAGAAGAAGAUGAUGUUGAAAGUGUUGAUAUUAGGCGACGAGAUGAUCCUACUUCGAUAGAGUUGCAACGAAUGACAAACGAUGAGUUGAAAUUGCGAAUUGUUUGGAUAAUUUCAUCCUUAAUGGCAGCAUCAUCACGACAUUGUUUAUUAGAAGACACGAUUAAGGAGAAGAAAACGAUCAACAACGUGGUGAUUACGGAUGAUGUUGGUCAGGGAAAAUGUUGUAUUUACGGCGAACAAGUAGAAGAAAUGAGGAGAAAUAAUACGGAGGGAUUUUCGACUAAGAUGCCUGCAUUGAAGGUGAAAAUGUGGUGUGUGCCGGAGCUAGAGUUGCAUGCGGAAGGGUGCGUGAUGAAAGGGGCGACGUUGGUGGUGAUAAAGCCGGUGGACGAGUGGAGCAAGGCGGAUGAAGGCAGAGAUUUGGUGGCUAAAGGGUUUGGUUUUGCCGGAGAAGGGAAAGAGGAAAAGGUGUUUGAUGAAGUUGCUAGAGAGUUGGUUAAGUUAGAGAGGAGUUACUCUCUUGAAAUGAAUUCCUUUUGAUUCUUCCUAUUGAGGUUGAUUUUGGACAAAAGAAAGAAUUUGUUUUUCGAGCAAGUUAAAUAUUGUUGUGAUUUGUAAAGAAAAUUUUCCUUCCCUUUUUGUUGCCAAUUUUUUAAUGUUUAUUCUCGGAAAGUUUAGUAAAUGAUGAAGUUGGAAU